AUGGGUAGUGGACAUACCUUCUCCAAUGCUGCCGAGUUCCGUGAUGCCGUUUAUUUGAUGUCAAUUGCUGGUAGAUUCCGUUAUCGCUUCAAGAGGAAUAGUACGAAACACAUGACAGUUGUUUGCACAGUUACUCAAUGUCCUUGGAAAGUCACAGCUCGUGCAAUUGGGGAUUCGAACAUCGUCCAGGUUCACACUUUUCAUAACCAUCAUAAUCAUAGUUUAGAAGAUGUUGCUACAUGCCAACCUUUAGUGAGAUCUAAUCGCGCUUCAUUGCUUAUUGAUGAUGUCAUCCGGUCCACUCCCGAUUACCAAACCCUCCAAAUUUGUAAGGACUUUCAAAGGCAACAUGAGAUGCAAUUGAUGUAUCUUCAAGCAUGGAAUAUCAAGGAAAAGGCAAAUGAGCGCAUUUAUGGAGAACCCAAAUAUUAUUACAAAUUGUUGCCUUGGAUGUGUGAGAAAAUGGUUGCAACAAAUCCGAGAAGCAUUGUUGAGUUGGGGCAUUCAAGUGAUGGACAUUUUGAGCAACUCUUUGUUGCUCAUUCGGUAUCUAUCCAAGGGUUUGCAAUGGGGUGUCGGCCAAUCAUAGCUAUUGACUCCACCCAUAUGAGUGGGCCAUAUAGGGGUGUGUUAUUUUCGGCGACCGCAUACGAUGCUAAUGACGCCAUGUUCCCCUUAGCCUUUGGCGUGAUGAACUCAGAAAAUUAUGACGAUUGGUCUUGGUUUUUGCAAAAUUUGAAGAAGCUUGUUGGAGAUAAGGAAGUCAUUAUUAUCUCGAAUAGACAUCCCGCUCUCCUUCGAAGUGUUCCUGAAGUGUUUGGGCUUGAAAACCAUGCCUACUGUUACCGUCACUUGAAGGAAAAUUUCAGCUCUUUCUUGAGCAAACAUAACACAAGAGGGAACAAAGGUAAAGAAAAUGCACUCCAAUUCCUUGAUAGUAUUGCCUAUGCAAGGUUAGAGCACGAUUACAAUGUUUCCAUGUUUGAACUACGGAAAUACAAUGAUGUUUUGGCCAAAUGGGUUGAAGAAAAUGAACCCGAACAUUGGGCUAUGUCCAAAUUCCCAAAACAAAGAUGGGAUAAAAUGACCACAAACCUUGCCGAGUCGUUUAAUGCUUGGCUAAGGAAUGAAAGACAUCACUCCAUUUGUACAUUUCUAAUGGAGCAUAUGGCUAAGUUAGGUUCUAUGCUUGUCAAACAUAAAGAGGAAUCAAACAAUUGGAAGGGAUGCAUAGGGCCAAAAAUUGAAGAAAAAGUUCAGCAGAAAAUUGUCAAAGGUGAGGUGUAUCCGGUCACUCCUUUCAUGAACGGAAUAUUUGGGGUUUCUAUUGGAACCACCUUCUUGAAUGUGGACAUUAUAAAGCGUACUUGCACAUGUAGGGGUUGGGAAAUGUUGGGCAUCUCUUGUGAACAUGCGGCAGCCGUUAUUCUUUCCAUCGGUCAGAAUGUUGUUGAUUUUGUUCAAGAUUGGUACAAAUUCCCAAUGCAAGAGCUGAUUUACUCGGGCUUCUUCUCCGGUAUAGAGACCCAUGACAUGCCAAUGGUCGCUAAUGAUGGUUUGGUUCAAUCUAUCACCGGUGAAGUUUUCCCCUCUCUUAACCGACCCCAUACCAAACGGCCUCCCGGCAGACCAAGAAAGAAGUGCAUUGAGUCCCAAUUUCAAGAUAAACGGACUGUUAAGUUACCAAAAUCUCGUUGCUCAGGAAAGAAAUUCCUAUCAAUCAUGGAUACCCUCCCAAUGGAUAAGAAAAAUGUCAUCAGUGAUAUGGGAUUCGGGGGCUUGCUGCAGCUUGGUUGUAAAGAAUUGCGUUAUAAGCUAAUAAUGUGGAUAGUGGCCAAUUACGACAUUGGCUACCACCGCUUAUGCAUGGCAACAAGAGUUGUUGUCCCAGUCACGCCCAAAGAUGUUAGAGAGGUGCUAGGCAUCCCGGACAAUGGCGUUGACAUUCUCAUCUACAAUAGGCGUGGCACACCCAACCGCACAUACGACAUCAAAAUAUUGGAAACUAAUUUGCAUGAUCUACCAGUUGGUGAAGAAUUCAUGAAAUCCUUCCUCAUUUUCGCCUGUGCCACUAUCCUUACCCCCAACUCAAAACAAGAAGGUAUGCAUGACUUGUGGGACAUGGUUUGGGAUAGUGAAGUGGGGGUGCGCAAAAAUUGGGUCAAGUUUGUUCUCCAAUAUGUCUAG